AUGCCUACUCCCGAGUCAGCUGCGUUCCUGGCUAAAAAGCCUACCGUCCCCCCGACCUACGAGGGUGUCGAUUUCGAGGACAACAUCGCCGUCCACAACGCCCGUGACGCUAUCAUCCGUGAGCAAUGGGUGCGCAGCAUGAUGGCUCGUCUUGUUGGUGAGGAGCUUGGCAAGUGCUACCAGCGGGAGGGUGUGAACCACCUUGAGAAGUGCGGUGUCUUGAGGGAAAAAUACUUCGAGCUCCUCAAGGAGCGCAAGAUCAAGGGUUAUCUCUUCCAAGAGAAGAACUACUUUGGAGGAGAGAAGUCUGCAUGA